AUGUCAACAGACCCUAAGACAAGGAAGCCCGCCAACACGGCCUUCAAACAGCAAAGACUGAAGGCAUGGCAGCCGAUUCUGACACCCAAGACCGUCUUGCCCACCUUUAUUCUCGUCGGUAUUCUGUUCGCACCCAUCGGUGGUCUGCUGCUCUGGGCGAGUGAUACUGUCGCAGAGGUUGUCAUCGAUUACACACAGUGCGAGACAGCAGGAGCAAACUUUGUGCCAGUUCCUCAGGGCUCUUAUUCGACCAACUUUCCCGGCAAAGUAGAUGUAGUGGAACCACCAGCAUUCAAGGCUGUACCUUCUGUUCAGGAGGGUACCAACGCAACAUGGCCAACAACAAAGUGCACUGUCAAGUUCACCAUCCCCGACACGAUGAAGAAGCCCGUCUUUGUCUACUACCGCCUCUCCAACUUUUACCAAAACCAUCGUCGAUAUGUCAAAAGUAUCGACGCCAAGCAGCUCUCGGGAACUCCCCGCACUGCGGCAGAGUUGAGCGGAGGAUCUUGCGACCCAUUGGCUGUUUACAAGGAAGGCGACGCCCAGUUUCCCAUCUACCCCUGCGGACUUAUUGCCAACUCUGUGUUCAAUGGCAACCCCUUCUUGAACCCAUUCGACAGCACGACCAACGGCGCGCGCCCCUACCUCCUCUCAGAGACGGGCAUUUCGUGGCCCAGCGAUGCGAAAAAGUACGGUGUGCAGACAUACCCUGAUCUUAGCCAGAUCCGCCCCCCACCCAACUGGAUCAAGCAGUACCCUAACGGAUACUCUGCAGCAUCGCCACCCAUUGAUGUAUCGAAGGACGAACACUUUCAGGUCUGGAUGCGCACAGCUGGUCUGCCCAACUUCCGCAAGUUGUACUCCAAGAACACGGACGAUGAUUUGCAGAAGGGUACAUACACCAUGGACAUCAACAUGAAUUACAAUGUGACAUCGUAUGGAGGAACAAAGUCGAUUGUGAUUUCGACAGUGUCGUUCAUGGGAGGGCGCAACCCGUUCCUCGGAAUUGCGUAUGUGGUUGUGGGUGUGAUCUGUGUUGUUCUGGGGUUGGUGUUCACUGCCCGGCAUUUGUACAAGCCCAGACGAUUGGGUGAUCACACUUAUCUCUCGUGGAACCAGAACGCAGCGACCAAUGCGGCCAUGGCGAAUGCUUCAGCGACCUCCGCUACCGCCACCGGCGCCUCUGCCCGGUACUAA